UUGGCCAUUUUGAAUGAUACAGAAAGUCGCUAGAUAAACAGCGGUAGCUUCAUUAAUUUUUCCACCUAAUCAGAAAACUUGAUUGAUUCGGAAAGUGCGGAGAAUUUAUUUCGCAUUUUUGUCGCCACAUUUAAGAGCGUUUUUCUCAAAGACAUGGAAGAAUUCUUCAGAUUUCAUCGUUUACCUCUUGCAGUUGAUGUAGAAAACGGUUUUGAUCAAAAUCUCAAGCCAAAGAGUGAAGACUGCAGCAACUGGUCUGGACUACCCGAGAGAAAAAAGAGCAUUCGAGAGAUUGUGUCCAGCCCUCACAUGGAUUUUGAUCCUUACUGGCACCCAGCAUUGAAAUAUUUCCGCAGAGAAAAGCUUUCUGUCUCCAAAAUUCGAUACACAGGCCUGAAAAUCACCGUCAAAAGGAUUCUGAAAAUGGACCCUGAAUCUUCACUCAUUGAAAUUUCAAAAGACUUUGCUCGACUUGGAGACACCAAAGCCAUUCUCAACAAGCAUGACAAGCACUUUUUGUUCUUCAUGACCCGAUGCUUCCUUUUGCUGGUGGACAAAGUUCCGUCACGAGUUCAGGCAAAUCUGCUGCUGAGUAAAGACAUCUUGCACCCCCUCUUCAUUGGAUGUCUCAACUACGCCAUGCAGCCUGAGGUCCUCGCCCUCAACACUCCAUGGCUGCCUGUUUACGCCAGCAAGCCUGAAGAUGUCAUGUGCCAGACAAGUUUCGACUGGCGAGAUUUGGAACUGGAUCAAGUUCCAGUUUGGUGUCACUUCUUCACGAGGAUCACUUGUGGCAAAGACUUCAUGUUCAGUCAGUUCGUCAACUGCCUUUUGCAUGCAGUUGCCACAGCAAGGAUGGUAUGUUGAGAGUCCAUCCGUGUUUGAGAAGCCACAAAGGUCUAGGUAAAGUAAAAAUCUUUUGUUCUGUAAUUGAAAUUGGGAAAAAUGUUAAAAUUGUAUAAAUGCAAUUUCAAUACCUUAGGUUGAUUUCCACAAAAGUGAAAAAUGCUCACAUUUUUAUUUAGUCAAAUUAUUUAAAUCCAAAGUUGUAUAUAAAUUAACAUCAAAUGUAAUUGGAAGCUGGGGAAUUUGAUUCCUCUAAAUGGAAAUUAAAAUUUCUUAUAAAAUGGCAAGUUUUUUUUAUUAGAUCAUUUUAUGCUUCCUUGAUAAAGUUAACAAGUUUGUGAAAUUAAAUUGGAACAUUCUUUUGA